GCGGGAUUCACUCCUUGUGAUAAGUCAAUUUGCGCCAGAGGGAGAGGCGAGGGCGCCGCUCGGCCGCCACAAAUCCCCGCGGGAUUGCUCCUCGAUCAAUCGGCGCGCUGCUGCUCCACUCGCGAUCUAUGGCUCGGCCGUGGCGAUCGAUCUGCUCAUUCUAGCCGCGGGCGCGAGGAGAGCAGCUGCGAUCUCUCCCCAGCAUUCUCGAGAAAUUGGGGGAAAAAUUAUUUCCUUCUUCCGAUCGAACAAGAUUAUCCAGGGGUGGGGCGGCUAAACAGGAAAAUUUACACAGCAGGAUUUGUCCCGUCCGCGACGGCAUCGAACGGCUGUCAAUUUUGUGGUAGCCAUGGUUUUAUCUCCUACAAAGGAUCCAAAGAGGAAUCGCAAGCCAUGGAUGGAUAGGCAGCAGCAUCAGGAGCAGCAGGGAAGCUGGCUCGCUCCGGAGCUCUUUCUGGAGAACCUGGGCAACACGGAGAAUGGUUUCGCGAGCAGCAAGCUGGAAUCGGUGCUGCAAAACUCAGAUUUGCAGAACAGGCAGAGAUCCGAGACGGUGGCGAGCAACAAGGGGGCAAUUCACGAUGAGUCUCGGUGUCACGACAGGGAGCAAGAGCUAGACGGUGUAGAAGACAAAGGAAAAGAGUUGGAACAGCCAACAACAAAUGCGGUGGUGGACUUAAGCAACAUAGGAGGAAGCGAGCUAGGAGAAGAAGAGCAUGAGAAUGGCGACGCUCCAAAACUGAGAAACCAGGACGAUGAUCUCCCAGAUUCGUCAGAGGUCCGGGAAGUAAGAGAGGAGGUGGUUUCAAGCUCCACAACUCCCAGCUUCAGGGAAGAAUCCGCGGGAUCACGUCAAGGAUUCGAGGAGACGACUCUUGGACAGGGAAAGGAUCAAACACCGGAGAAAAGAAAUGCGGUAGCGGUCCAAGGCUCAUUAAUGGAGGAGGACGCGACGACUACUUCUGCCACUUUGUCACCACCACCAUUACCAGGAGGAGGCGAGCUCGAGCUCGACCACAACUACAAGGAGGAUCUCAUCGGUACUCUCAGCCCUCGACGUAAAGACCGGAUCUUGAGGCCAGCGUCGCAAGAUUUUGACGAGGGCGAGGACGCGGACGUAGCGCCGCUGCCAUUCUCUGGGCCGAUAUCUCUGUCUGGGUACUCGGGUCCCAUUUCCGGGGGGAGCAUUUCAAGGCGCUCAGACGGCAGCAGUACGAGUACGCGCUCCUUCGCAUUCCCAAUUUUGCCAUUCGAAUGGAACGCCAGCCCCGCUCGAAUGCCGCCGCCGGCCAAUCGAGGAAGCUACUGGCGAAACAAACGAGACUGGUGCUUGCGCUGUCUUUGCUGCUCCCGUCCUUCCACGCAUCCUUGAGACCACCUCCAACCCUAAAUCAUUUCUGCAAUGUCGCCCGCUUCUUCAAGGGUAGAUUAUUCUAAAUCAAGAGGAAAGAGAAAGGCAUGGAGAGGGAGGCGGAGGACAUACAAGAGCACACUUACACACAAAGGUAGCAUCUAUAGGUAGCAGUGACUUACCAUGCUCGCUUGUGUGUGGAGGCUACGACAUUUUUGGCCGAAGAGAAAAUCGGGAAAAAAGAGAACACCAAAAUGUAACAGAUGAUGACAAAGGAAGAUCAAUGUGUUGAUAUCUAAAAACGAGGGCCAAAGAUCCAAACAUCAAGUUGGUGGUGUUCUCCUAGAUCUCCACAAUGU